UGUAGCGACGCGCGCUUUUUUGUGCAAGUUUGUCGAGGUGCUGCUAGGAAGCAGAACACAUUACUGAAGGAGGUCACAUCAUUGCUCUGAUGAUGGCCUGAAGUGACGCGAACGUUACACACAUUCAGCGGGAGCCUCAUUCAGCCGCUUCCAAGGACGAGACGAAAUGGAUUAUGAUGAUUACGACGAGUACGACGAUCUCUACGCAGAUGAAUUGGAGCUCGCGGAUGAGCUCCACAGCAAUGCUCCACCAUUGCUGCCUUCUAAUCGUGUGCUGUCUGGUAGAGAGGAUGUGUCAGACUUGGAUACACCACGAUCCAGCUCUUCUGUGGGAAAAAAGAGCCUAGAAGAGCCUGGUGAGAGUUCACGAAAACAUGCAGGUACUCCUACUCUCGAGUCAGUGCGCAAGAAACUGAAGCUUGAAGAUGAUGAUUCAAGCACCCCUUUUGAGUUUUCUUCGCCUAAAAAACUCGUCAUUAACGAGGGUGAACAUGAUCCUGAUGGUGAUGGUGCUACGUGCACUAUGCAAGAAAAAGCCCUCGAUGACUUUCCCCUCCCGUCACCACCACUUUCCAAUACAGAAGACCUGUUCCAGGCGCAGUGGGAAGAUCCCAGUUCCUACGUGCUCACUACUGGUCUGAGAGGUCGUGAUGGACGGCUCAAGUUUGUUGGGCUCAGAGCUGAUGACUGGGCUGACGAUGUAGAGCUUCUGCUGUCCACUAAUCGACCGAGAGGAAACCUCCUGUCCAGGCCUUUCUGGGAUGUAUGGCUUGAUGCACAGGCAGAGCUUGAGCGGCAAAAGCAAGCAGAGGCUGAGCACACGGCCAACAUCACUGAGAAUCAUGAGAUGAAUUCGCUUCCGGAAGGUGUGCUGGUUGGUGAAAGCGGCGGUGGCCCUGGCCUUCAGCGAGCAUCAUCCGGGAAGGCAUCGCUCUGGGUAGAAAAAUAUCGUCCAUCAAACUUCAUCGAGCUGCUCAGUGAUGAUGGUGUCAACCGGACACUGCUGCAAUGGCUGAAACUGUGGGACACUGUUGUGUUUGGCCGGCCACCAAAAGUAAGGCCACUCAAACAGAAGCAGAUGACCUUCAAUAACCAGAGCAAUUUUGCUAAGCGGUACAUGCCAGAGGUCAAGGAGGAAUUGGAUGAACAUAAAAGACCUCAGCAAAAAGUUAUUCUUCUUUAUGGGCCACCAGGGCUUGGAAAGACAACACUGGCACACGUCAUCGCAAGGCAUGCUGGCUACAAUGUUGUUGAGCUCAAUGCAAGUGAUGACAGGAGCCCUGAUGUGUUCAAGACUACUUUGGAGACUGCCACUCAGAUGAAGGCCGUCUUGGGGCAGGACCCACGACCAAACUGCCUUGUCAUUGAUGAGAUCGAUGGUGCACCAGCGGCUUCUAUCAACGUGCUAGUCAACAUGAUCAAAAGCACUGGCCAGGCUACAGGAAAGAAGAAAAAGAAGGAUGGAAUUCUGCUUCUUCGACCCAUCAUUUGUAUCUGCAAUGAGCUGUAUGUUCCAGCCCUUCGACCAUUGCGGCAAGUUGCAUUGAUGGUGCACUUUCCAUCCACGCAGAAGAAUCGCCUGUGCACUCGACUGUUGGAGGUGAUGCGUAGGGAACGAAUGAAAGGGGAACAGACGGCUGUGGCUGCACUGUGUGAGAAGGCGGGAAACGAUGUGCGUUCCUGUCUCUCAACACUCCAGUUCAUCCAUGGCCGAAAGAAGCAGCUGACACUAACAGAUGUGAACACUGUCAACGUGGGCCAAAAAGACAUGCAGCAAGGGCUGAUGUCACUGCUUCAUGAAGUGUUCCAAAAGCCACGGGCUGCACGGAAAGUGUUUCGGCACAAUAUGGAUGAUGCUUCUAAAACGGCUGUAAAGAAGCCUGAAGACUUGCGGUUUGAGUCCCUAGCUCGAGCAGCGCAAGGGUUUGGAGACUACGAGAAGCUCAUUCAGUCUCUUUUUGACAAUUAUAUCAACGUGAGCUUUCGGGAUCCCCGUUUCGAACUGAUCCAUGAAGGCCCUGAAUGGUUGUGCUUCACAGAUCAGCUGCUGACCACAGUGCAACACCUACAGAACUACUCCCUGUACCCAUACCUGCCAUUCAUUGCACCGGCUUUCCAUCGUGUUUUCUCAGUUGUGCCCUACACGAAAAUGGUCUUCCAGAACUCUUUCCUUGAGGCACGAGCCAAAAAGACUCAGAUGCACAACAUCCUAGUGUCACUGAUUGCUGAAUUAUCACUACAGUCUCGCUGUUUUGUGACCGAGACUACACUGCUCCGAGAUGUGCUACCUUGGUUGCUAUGCAUUGUACAGCCUGCGAUUCGACCGGUGAACACACAGUUAUUUAGCAAAGAGGAGCGCCAGCAGCUGCAACAGGUGAUUACUGUAAUGUCAUCACUCAGCAUCACCUACCAGCAGACAAGAAAUGCUGAUGGAGUCUACCAGUACAACCUCGAACCCAACAUUGAAGAGGUUGUGCAAUUUCCUGGAAUCCCACAACAGCUACAGCUCCCGUAUGCUACGAAGCAGAUCAUUGCUAGGGAGUUAGAACUGGAGAAAAUGAGGAAAAGUGACGCGGUGCAAGAACAACGUGCAAGGAAUCCUACAGCAGCAUCUGUUAGUACUGGGGGAGUACCAACACUGGAGCCGGCACCAAAGAUUGUUGAGCCAUCAUCAAGGGCAUCCGUCGACUUUUUUGGCCGUGUCAUCGAAAAGCCUGUCUCGACCGAGGUGACAGAGCCUACAGCUGUUGGGAAUACCACCAUUUCAUCAACACAGGUCUGGUACCAGUUCAAGGAGGGCUUCAGCAAUGCCGUCCGAAGGACAGUGCGCAUGAAGGAUCUCUUGUAGCCAUCAGAUAUUUGUUUUUUGCAAUUUUUCUAUAUGUUAAUGUGUCUGUGAUCCUGAAGUUAGGUCCAUGUCCAUCUUUCGUUUAGCACAAAAUGCCAAGCUCCGAAACUCACCUUAUCAUGAAAUUUGAUUUGUUUCGUGGUAUAAUAAGGCACUUUUUAAACACACCUAAUGAGAUCUUUACCUGUUUUAUGUGCUCUCUUUGUCCUUUUAAACAGUGUGGUCCUUACAGGUAUGCUUCAAAUUCAGUGUGACCCAUUGCGAUUCUGUGGUUUUUCUGUGAUCUGCAUUGUAAGAUUGAUUGUACAGCAACUAAGUGGUUAUGUUACUCUUCAUUACAUGCAAUCAGUUAUCAUGAAACAAUAAAUUAUUGCAAGAGAGAGAAAGUGUUUCUCAAUUGGGCAGUAGGGCACAUCUUGAGAAGUGUAUAUUCGCCCUUGUGUUUGCAUCUAGCAGAAAGAGCACCGUUUUUUCUGUGAAUGUUUUUACAGCUCUGUUGUGAACAGCACUUCAGUUAAUAGGUGCUUUCAAGGUUUGAUAAGUUGUAAAAACAUUACAUAUGCAAAGUACCUUUAACACUAUUAAUUUGUGAUAACAAUUAUGUGGAAUCCAGCCGCAUUUUCGCCGUCGCCAUAAGGUUUCGUGUAAAGCUAAAGGGUGAGCUGCUCCAAACCUACUCCAAAACACAUUUUCUUUUGAACCAAAUCUGCUCCGAAAAAGACUUUUUUCUUCUCCAGAAAUUGCUCCAAUUCAUAAGCUGUCUGGACCUUCACUGCUAUGUUAACAUUGCCCGGAGAAUUGUAUGCUUCAUGUGCGAGUGAAAGCGUGCAAGAGCCGUGGACGAUUAUGGCUCAAAGGGAAAAGGAAGCUCACCGGUCAUUUCGCAUUGCGCGAGAGGCCCGUGGAAAGUCCCAGAGGGGAGGCGGGGUAUGACGGCCAGCAUGACGCUUGCAGGAAAUACAUAUGUGACAGGCGGGCGUCCUAUCUUGAUAAUAAUUCGCAGACGGCUCACACCUUUGCAAGUGUUUUGUUCUCGGCACUCAAUUUUCUUUGAAACCACAGACAGCACGAAGGUAACUUUGCGCGAUACAAUGGCUGCGUUUUCUUUCACCAGGCCUUUAUUGAGUUAUAUACGACAGGUCGGAUGCUAAAUGAGUUGGCUGCUAGCCUUACUUCGUAUAACAUUUCAAUUCGUUGCUCUGGUGUAGAUUGCUUUGCCUUUUUGGCAAAAUUAUGACUUGUCUGUUACCACUGUCAUUGUGAUUUGUGUUAGCUGUAGUUUGUUUUUUUGGUGUGUGUGUGUGUGUGUGUGUUUGUAGUGACUGGGUUGUUCGCUUACUUCAUCACUGCUGUGUCUGAGCAUGCUGUGUCAGUCAUGGCGGUAGUAAUAUGGUGGUGAAGAAGGCUAAAAAAAACGACGUAUGUAACAUAUUAUAAAAUCAAGCCGACACCCUUUAUAUCAAGUAUCUUUGUACAGGGUGUCGCAGCUAACUAGGACCAUUUUGAGAAGCGUUAUGAGGUACGAAGAUGCGACCGAUGGUGUUCUGUUAGUGGUCGCCUCGCGCAUGCUGGUAAAUCUUUGUUGUAGAUAGUUAGUGUGUGACAUAAUGAAAACGAAUUUUUUUAAUAAUUACUUAUUGGUUAUUGUAAAAAUUGAGCAUUGUACUGGGAAAUGUGCGAAUAUCUGGCCCGCUGCAUUACUCCUGAUUACUUUUUUUGCACUUCAUGUUUGAGUUCAAAGAAAACAAAGAAAGAUACAGGGUGUUUGACUGAGCGUCAUAAGCACAAAAAGUCUCAAGGAACUAGAUUUGCUUUGAAAAAAUAAUGUGGUGGUAUCAUUUGUUUGAUGCUACUGCUACUGCCAGGAAAGACAUUGUGGCGUGGUCACAUUCUGCGCCAAUCAAGUCAGCCGUCGAGGAGCGCUAGCUUUUUUUAAACCCCCUUUAAUCGCAAGCUUCGUAUCUGCCUCUUGUGCCACUAGUUCGGCACAGCUGCGCCUCUAGCUAUAAGCACUACCGUACACACCGGGACAACGACGAGAGACAACCUCCCAGCAAAAGGAGGAAGCUCCUAGAAUAAUUCUAGGUCAUGGCGCUGUUCUGGUUCUUGGCCGACUCGCACGAUUACGUUGAAAAUGCGCUCAACUGUACGCCCUGCCACAGCUUGGGGGAAUUUCGUAUACUGCAUUACUUGCGGUGUGCAUCUUAAGCUGUUUUUUCGCCAGCAAAGAACAAAUCCUGGCCGGCUUGCAUGGGCCAGAAAAAACAGUGAACGCGGACACUAUAUCUGGCUGUGAUCCUCUUCAUGUUGUGUGAUAGUCGGUAAACGUAGGCUAUCACGUGUGGGCUCAGAUUUUCUUUUGUCUUGUGCACUUUGUUACCACGUUUCCAGUUCUGCAAGAGGCUAUUGCACACACCCCUGAUAACGGAGGGAGAAAAUAGUGUCUCCCAGUCAGUUAAUGUGAUUACUAAAUCCAAGAAGAUGGUGCUCACAUGAUUUGAAUAGAGCUGAAUUGAGGCCCACAAUAGCUUUUUCUGUCCUCAUUUUUCGAAUUCUAGACACAGCAAAUCUGCGUUUGGUUCACAUUCAAGUGCUUCGCACUUGUGUUUCAGGAUUCAGGAGGAGCAUGCACGGUAUUGCUUGGAAGGUAGCCUUAUAAAGCUUGCACAUUAAAGCUUUUUACUCACCA